UAUUUCUGCUACACAAGGUAAAGGUGAAAGUUGAAGGGUAUGUUGUGAACAUGGCAUCUGGCUUUACUGCCAAGCAUCGUUUAUUGACAAAUAACAAAGCUUUAUUGCACUCUCUCCAAAGAAAGAUAUGGCCACAUAAUGUAUGUCUUCAUCGAUCUACUGAAGUGACUUUUCGAAAAGCGUCAACGAAGUCGUCUACAGACUUGCAACACAACGAAAAAUACUGUAUCGAUAUUGUCAGGUCUCGAGACUAUGAUGGCUUUGUGUGCAGCCUGCUCUUACCAGAGGAAGCCCGGCGCUCCUCCUUGGCCUUAAGGGCCUUCAACGUGGAGCUAGCUCAGGUGAAAGAUUCAGUCACCCAGACAACCAUCGGUUUGAUGCGAAUGCAGUUCUGGAAGGCUGCUAUAGACGACAUUUAUAAGGAUGACCCCCCUUUGCAGCCUGUCAGCGCAGAACUAUGGAGGGCUGUGAGAAAACACUACCUGACCAAGAGAUGGUUGUUGAGGAUCAUCACUGAACGAGAGAAAGAUAUGGAGGACAGAGCCUACAGAACUCUGCAGGAGUUGGAGACAUAUUCAGAGAACACCCAGUCGUCAUUACUGUACCUCCUCCUGGAGAGUCUAGGUGUGAAAAACGUUCAUGCAGACCAUGCUGCCAGCCACAUCGGGAAGGCCCAUGGAAUCGUGACCUGCUUGCGAGCCACGCCCUACUACAGCAGCAGACGCAAGGUCUACCUGCCCAUGGACAUCUGCAUGCUGCAUGGAGCCUCCCAGGAAGAUUUUAUCCGGGGAAACCGCGAGCAGCAUGUCAGAGAUGUCAUCUAUGACAUUGCCAGUCAAGCCCAUGUUCACCUACAACAUGCCAGGUCGUUUAGCAAGAACGUUCCAAUUGCUGCUACCCCGGCCUUCCUACAAACGGUGGUAUUGGAAGACUACCUUCAGAGAGUACGGAGGGUAGACUUUGACGUGUUCCAUCCGAGCUUGAGGAACCGAAACCCCCUUAUUCCCAUCCAACUCUACAUACGCUCUUGGAAGAAGACCUAUUGAUGUCAAUGACUCCCUUACUUUUUGCUCUGGUAAUUUAUUUGAAAAGUUACCAUGCUGAUGGACAGCUCUGUUUUGGAACUUCUGUAGACCAGUUUGUACCCGUGGGUUUCAUCAAGACAGAACAGGAUGCCUGAUACCAAAACACCAAUUCCAGCAUACUUCCAUUUAUCGUUGUAGAAAGUGGAGGGUCAUAGCACUGGUAUUAAUCUGUGUUUUUGGACUCACCCAUGUACAAGUGCUGGCUCCUGAAGCAUUUUGGACCGGUGGCUUAGACGGUUUACUGACCUAGAAACAGCCAAUUCUCCAAUCAUGGUAUCAAAUUAAGCUGUCCUUUAACAGUCCGUAUUGACCUUUGUUUAGACUAAGACCAGAAGUAUCUCAGACGUAAUGCUGUGGACGAUUGUUGAGUUAAGGACACUGCACUGGAGACAGAAGCACUGAUGUUUGUUCCAAUAAAUAAUGUAGCUGUG